AUUUGUGUAUUUGUCUCCUGUAUGUAUCAGGUCUCUGGAAGGUCAUCGCCUGGUCUCCUGAAAAGCUUCCUGGAGUACAUCGCUUCAGUGUCUUGUUCAAGAACUAUUACCAGAGUCUAAGGAAAGUGACAGGACUCUCUGGCCUGACCACAUCACCCCAGAACACUGGUGCCACCAUGCCCAAAAGAAAGGCAAAAGCAGAUGCCAAGGGAGACAAGGUGAAGGCCAAGGACGAGCCACAGAGGAGAUCAGCUCGGCUCUCUGCGAUGCCCGCGCCUCCAAAACCAGAGCCCAGGCCCAAAAAAACCCCUGCAAAGAAGGGGGAGAAGCUGCCCAAAGGGAGGAAGGGAAAAGCAGAUGGGGCCAAAGAAGGGAACAGCCCCGCCAAGGGCCGCUCGGCCACUACAGCACCUGCACAGAAAGCAGAAAGCGCCGGGGAGACCAAGUGAUGUGACCCCUGGUGGCCCCGUGUUUGGGGACUCAACUGUGUCAAUGUCCUUUCCUUUUUUUUUUUUUUCAAAUCAAGUUUUAUAGAAAUGUAGGAUCUUUCUGGUGUUGUUUUAACUUAUAUUGUUAGCACACAGCACACUUCGUUGUUGUCCUUUGUGGAAAGGGCCAGUACCACUAAAAAGGGCCCAGAAACCGCAUUGAAAUGGGUCAGAGGAUUCUUUUUUCCUCUUGCUUUGAGUAGAUGGUUCUUGGGAUCCAGGAGCGACUUUUGAUGUGUCAGAGCUCCUGGGCUCAGAGCCUGUGGUGACCUGUGGGGAAGCAAAAUGUCACACCUUCUUGUCUGACUUGCUGCCAAAACAGAGUGAGGAGUCAGCUGUGGCACCCCUAAAACUGGCUGCAUCUGGUAAACAGGAUUUGGGCUUGCUGGGGAGAUCCUCAUGAUGGUUUUGCUGGAAAGAGCCAAGAAGUCCAAUGUAUAUUCUGUUCCCUUCGACUGCAAAUACUGUAGUUUCCACUCUUGGCUGGGCAAAGCCGUCUGAGGGAUUAUAAAGGUUCCCCUAACCUUUUGGAAAAUGCCCGAGUUUUGUGGCAACAACAAACUUGAUUUGGCAGGAGAGGGGGUUUGAAAGGUGUGAAACAUCGGGGUUCGCCACCCCUGAUUUGUUGGAUCAAAUGCUUUUGAAAAAGCUGGAUCGAGGUUGGUUUAGCAGUGGGAACAGAGGCCUUAUUUUCUGGCCAGUUAUUAAGCUAAGCUGUUCUAUAUGGCAUUGUCAAAGUCUUAUCGUUUUGCUUAUUGCAUUUGUGAAAAGUAUGAGACAAGUGUUUGAGAUAAUAUAUAUAUUUUUUUCCUGUCUGGGUUAAUGGUGGUUCCAGUAUCAUUUUCUGGAAUGCUCCUUCUGCCCACUAAUGGCAGACACUGACUCCUAAAUCAGGGGUGUGAGGAGUUCCUGGUUUUUCUGGCUCACAGGUCAGUUCAUUUCACCCAGAGGCAGCCCUGACAGUUCUGAGCACGCCAGCUGUCGGCAAAGGCCUUGGGGGGUCUAGAGAAAUCCCACCUUCACAUCCAGCAGCGCCACUAAAACUGCCUUUCUUGGGUGUUUCUUGGCUAGUCUUAGGCCUUUGCUUUUCCAUACAACGCUGUGAAUCAAAUACACAAGUAUCCAAACAAAAGAAGAAUGUUGGCAUUUGUAUUGGAUUUGUAUUGAACUUCUCAGACCACCACUUUGUGGUUUCCAGACCAUGAUCCAGGUAUAGCUCUCCAUUUAGGCUUUUUCAAUGGCUUUCAAUAAAGUUUUAUAAUUUUCUCCAUAAA